AUGGGACAUCUGACCACGCUUACCAUCUUAGCGCUGCUCGCCACUCGUGGCCACGCCGCAAACCCGUGGGAGCAAGAUGCUGAGGCAGACGCGAUGGCGGAGCUCAUGCGGGAACACAACACAGACAAGGGCACGUACGGCAUUAACAUGAUGCCGCGCGCUGGCGCCCACUACCACAGUAUGUACGCGUCCAUCCUCGCACCCUACCGUCACCGAACCGGCCUCGUGAUGGCUGAAGUGGGCGCGAACCAGGGCGACUCGCUGAACACGUGGGUCAAAUACUUUGGCGAUUCACUGAAGAAGAUCUUCGGCCUGCGCUACGGCAUCUCGGACUCGAUGAUGCACCCCUGCGAGGGCGCACAUUGUAGCAAGAUCAAGAUCAUCGACUCGGAUCAGAGCAAGCUGAGCGAGCUACGCAAGUUCGUGCGCGAGUCCCUCGGCAGCGAGACGAUCCCGAGGGCGGAGCACGCGCUGUCGCUGGCGAAGGGUCAGGCAAAGCCCGGGCCUUCCCGCUACGACAUCAUCAUCGACGACGGCAGCCACGUGCCGAAGCACAUGCUGCUCACGUUCCGCCACCUGUGGCCGUACGUGCGCCCCGGCGGGAUGUACGUAAUCGAAGACAUCGGCUUCUCGUAUGUCGACGCGCCCUCGAAGAUCUACGGGUACCAGCUCGGCGACGGCGGGAUCGGGCAGCCGCCGCCGGGCAAUCUCGUCGAGAAGUUCAAGCAGGUCGCCGACCUCGUGUCGCGGCAGUGGUGCCAGCCUCUCGCGAACUACACGGUCUUCACGCCCGAGGUGGACCGGAGCAUAUGGAGCGUGCAGUUCCUCUCGGGUGCAAUCGUGGUGCACAAGCAGUCGCUGGGGCAGGCGACGCUGAUCACGCACGUGCGCAAGGUGGCGAUGAAGUCUGUCACCCCCAAGAUGUACGCCGGCGGCUCCUUGAAGGCUUGGAGACUUAAGCUGGAUGCGGAGCAGCGCGACUGGUGA